CCUCUGCCCCGUCUGUUCUGGUACAGUACAUCACUGUAACAACCUGCGCCUACAGAUCAGCCCCCUCCUCCCUUCGCGUGGCCAUGUCGGUGCCGACCGGUUCGUCAACCGCAUCGUGGCUUGGUCCGAACCACAUGCAACAUGUAGGCGAGUACACCUUCACACUCUACCGUCCGAGGCUGAAAUCGACGUUGGUUGAGCCAGAAAUGGCCUACUACCAGCUCGUCGAAGCUUGCGAUGCCGUAGCUGCAAGCUUCGACGACGUGCGGGUUUCUGAAGACGACGACACUACUGCCAUUACAAUCAAAGUUUUCCCGGUCAAUUCCGGCGCCGAGGCGUUCCAAGCGACCAUGCAGGUCAUCAACUCGUCGCAAGUCACGGAACUUGGCAUCGACUAUACCUGCCGCCCUCAGAGCAUCGAUCUUCCCCUGGGCGCCAUCCUUCACCGCCUUGACUUGCCGUUCCUCCGACGCCUCCGAAUACCUUGGCCAUAUGAGCGGUUCUUCCUCCGCGAGAUCGUGCUCGACUCCGCCGCAAGCUUCUUUACCCUCUGGUAUCAUAUGGUUGAGAUUCACGCUCUCAUCGAAUUGAACGAGGGGAUCAGCUCGCUGUGCCUACGUGGACGCUCAAAGGGCUGUCAGACCCGCUGCGUGUGCUGGAGCCACAUACAUGUGCUGCAGCAGCAUCGCCUGUACCCUUCCAUCCGUGAUCUCCUAGCUUCGCGCCGGCAGCGCGAACGAUCGAUUCAAGCGAAAGCACUCGGUAUCCUGGCAGUAGGAUACUUGAGCCACCCUGGCACCAUAUCCUCUUCAAGACCUACCCUCGCGGACCUUCCCCUCGAGGUGGUGGAGCUCGUCGUCGACUACGCAUGCGCUGAGGACUUCAACCACGCCCAGACGAAGCGCCUCAAGGAGCUCGCUUUCGACCCGUCACACUUGGCUACCAGGGCGAAAUCGUUGAAAGACCUUGAAGGGGAUGCGUUUUCCGACGCGCUCGAGGAGUGGAUGAGCGCCGAGGGAUUAGUGUACAACCCCUGUGUGCCCGGCGAGCGUGGGGUCCCAGCCGGCCCAUCAACUGGGGAGAAGGGCGUCUCACUAGAGGCUCACGGCGGUAUCGGCCCUCAGUCCAUGUCAAUGUAA